UGAGUUUAUCAUGUUCAAAUAAAUAUCUUCAUCAACUUUGCAUUAUUUGCCUACCUCCUUAUCUUUAGAGCUCUCUCUUUCUACCGAGAAACCAAUAACUAACGAUGGGAUUGCAAUUUGCAGUGAAGAACUUCCUCUUCCAUCUUCUGCUUCUUCUGUGUGUUCAUGGAAGCCAUGGAGAUGCCAGGGAGAUGACGAUGAGCAAUGUUCUGAGACUUCCUAGUGAGGACAACAAUGGUGUCUCUGAUAAAGAAAUGCAUGGAAAUCAUCAUGUUCAUGCAAAUCCAUCAAGCGAUACGGAUCACAUGGAUCCUUCCCUGAUGGUGUUUUUCACACUGAAUGAUCUCAAGGUGGGCAAGAAAUUGCCUAUAUUUUUUCCAAUGAAAGAUUCUUCAUCUACUCCUCCCUUGUUGUCUAGAGAUGAAGCAAAUUCCAUUCCUUUCUCCUAUGAAGAUCUUCCUCAUCUCCUUCAGUUCUUCUCCUUCUCACCACGUUCUCCCCAAGCCAAAGCCAUGGAACAUACUCUUAAAGAAUGCGAGAUAAAACCCAUCAAGGGCGAGACUAAAAUCUGUGCUACUUCAUUAGAAUCCAUGCUAGAUUUUGUGAAAGAAACCUUUGGUUCGGACACCCAAUUCAAAGUUCUAAGCACAACCCAUCUCACAAAAUCAAAUACCCUUUUGGACAACUACACCAUCCUGGAAAAGCCUAAAGAAAUACCAGUUCCAAAGAUGGUAGCAUGCCAUACGAUGCCAUAUCCAUACAAAAUCUUCUAUUGCCAUAGCCAACAGACAGAGAACAAGGCAUUUGUGGUGUCACUGGUUGGUGAUAAUGGAGGAAGAGUAGAAGGAGUUGCAGUUUGUCACAUGGAUACCUCUCAAUGGAGUCCAAGUCAUGCAUCGUUUCGUGUGCUCGGGAUUGAACCAGGAACCUCACCUGUUUGCCAUUUCUUUAGAGGAGAUAAUCUAGUUUAUGUUCCCAUGCAUAUUCAUGUCUAGCAGAAUCAAGCUACCACUUGUUCCUGAAUUGCUAAUUAAUGAAUUAAUAGUGUACUCUUAUUGUUGUGAUCUAUGGAUAUAACUGUGUUGAAUUCAAGAAUUAAAGUGCAUUUUUAAGAAUAAUUUUAACCUUUGUGUUGAAUGUAAGAUAUUCAUAUAUUCAAGAAAAUCUUUAUGGAAUCAA